AUGACGGGAGCGACGCCGCGGGAUCACCUGCCAGUCCACGCGAACGCAUCAGGGGAUGGAGAUGGUGUUCCAGGGCGCUGCUGUCGACUUUGCGGAGGCGAUACCAAUCUCCGAUACUUCGGGGACACGUACGUUUGGGAGGGAGUUGAAGAGAGAUAUGAUAAGCUCUUGUUUGACUGCUUCGGUGUGAAGGUGACUCCGUCGGAUUGUAUGAUCUGUGAGUGGUGUGUGCGUACGUUGCGUAAUACGGAACGGUUUCGUGCACUCGUGCAUGCAGCUUUCGACCAUCCUCCUAGCGAUUCAUCGUCGAGUGCUACGACAUUGAAAUCUAUUAGUAACUGCACUAAAACUGUUGCUAAAUCAACGGUGAAACAAGAAAAAGAUCAGCAGCAGCAGCAGAUUAAACCUAAAUGUGACGUGAGCAAAAGACGAGAGGUCAAAAAGAGGUUAUUUGCGAACGACGUGAAAACUAAAAGGAUCAAUAUCCCAUGUGACGUUUGUAAGCAAAGGUACCCAAUGUUGAUGUCAAGCGACGCCACGAAAUCGUUCGUCUGUUCUCGCUGUAAGAAGAAUGGUGAGACGAAAGGAGGGGCUUUAUGCAGGAGAUGUAAUAUAAUGAUGCCUUCAAAUAUGCUUAAGGAGCAUUUAGAUUUGCACGCUAAAGCAGAACUGAGGGGGAAAGUCAGACUGCAGCAAGCCAAAAAAUCAACAGUUUCAUCUGUGAAUAGUUCUACAAAGCAGAGACCUCAGAAGUUCCAAUGCACCCGUUGUCCAAAGAAGUACGCAAUGGCAAAAAAUUUGGUGCUUCAUGUGCGGAACGCUCACGGCGAUAGUCUUGAUACUUUGGGCCCUGGUAACAAAACUAGCCUUCUCUCGUCAGUUUGUGGCCAAAAUAUGGUGACGAGGGACAAGUUGGAGAGUCCCCUCACUCAUAGCAGUCCACACCAAUGCAACGAGUGUCUCCUGAUCUUCAAAAAUAGACGGGCCCUAGUUGCCCACAGCACCAGUCACCAUCUCAAGUCCACGUCCAGUUAA